AGGCUCUCCUUCUCUAUGGUUAUUGGCCGCUGCGUGGUGAUUCAGAGCCAAAGGGAAGACUAUCUAUACACGUUCUUCUCUAUGAUUCUCCUCUUCAGUCGGCCUGGCCGCAGUGCAUGCCGGGCAAGAGGAAGACCUCCAGAAGCUCCCCGCGCAGCGCGGCUGUGUUUGCGGCCUGUGCGAGUAGGCGCUUCGGAACCAGUCUCCCGGCGAGCGGUGCGCAGAAACCUCGAACUGGUGGAGCCCACUCGUAACCUGGAGCCCGGAAGGCCGCGAAGACCUUACUGUUUUCUCAGCGGCGGUUUUCUUCUGAAAUGUUUUGCUAGUAAGCCACAGAUGAGGUGUCCCUUAGCCCUUAAAUACACCGCUGCAGUAAGAAUGUCUUUUCCCCCUCAUUUGAAUCGCCCUCCCAUGGGAAUCCCAGCACUCCCACCAGGGAUUCCACCCCCACAGUUUCCUGGUUUUCCUCCACCUGUACCUCCAGGGACCCCAAUGAUUCCUGUACCAAUGAGCAUUAUGGCUCCUGCUCCAACUGUUUUAGUGCCCACUGUGUCCAUGGUUGGAAAGCAUUUGGGAGCAAGAAAGGAUCAUCCAGGCUUAAAGGCUAAAGAAAAUGAUGAAAAUUGUGGUCCCACUACUACAGUUUUUGUUGGCAACAUUUCUGAGAAAGCUUCAGACAUGCUUAUAAGACAGCUCCUUGCUAAAUGUGGCUUGGUUUUGAGUUGGAAGCGAGUACAAGGUGCAUCUGGGAAACUUCAAGCCUUUGGCUUCUGUGAGUAUAAGGAACCUGAAUCUACCCUCCGUGCGCUCAGGUUACUGCAUGACCUGCAGAUUGGAGAGAAGAAACUACUUGUUAAAGUUGAUGCAAAGACAAAGGCACAACUGGAUGAAUGGAAAGCAAAAAAGAAAGCUUCUAAUGGGAAUGCAAGGCCAGAAACUGUCACUAAUGAUGAUGAAGAAGCCUUAGAUGAAGAGACAAAGAGAAGAGAUCAGAUGAUCAAAGGGGCCAUUGAAGUUUUAAUUCGAGAAUACUCCAGUGAGCUCAAUGCCCCCUCACAAGAAUCUGACUCUCACCCCAGGAAGAAGAAGAAGGAAAAGAAGGAGGACAUUUUCCGUAGAUUUCCAGUGGCCCCACUGAUCCCUUAUCCACUCAUCACUAAGGAGGAUAUAAAUGCUAUAGAAAUGGAAGAAGACAAAAGAGAUCUGAUAUCCCGAGAGAUCAGCAAAUUCAGAGACACACACAAGAAACUGGAAGAAGAGAAAGGCAAAAAGGAAAAAGAAAGACAGGAAAUUGAGAAAGAACGGAGAGAAAGAGAGAGGGAGCGUGAAAGGGAACGAGAAAGGCGAGAACGGGAACGAGAAAGGGAAAGAGAACGUGAACGAGAAAAGGAGAAGGAACGGGAGCGGGAACGAGAACGGGAUAGGGAUCGUGACCGCACUAAAGAGAGAGAUCGGGACCGAGACCGCGAGAGAGACCGGGACCGCGAUCGGGAAAGGAGCUCGGAUCGGAAUAAGGACAGGAGUCGAUCAAGAGAAAAGAGCAGAGAUCGUGAAAGGGAACGGGAGCGGGAAAGAGAGAGAGAGAGAGAACGGGAACGAGAAAGAGAACGAGAGCGCGAGAGAGAGCGAGAAAGGGAACGGGAACGAGAGAGAGAGAAAGACAAGAAGCGGGACCGAGAAGAGGAUGAAGAGGAUGCUUAUGAACGAAGAAAACUUGAAAGAAAACUCCGCGAGAAAGAAGCUGCUUACCAAGAGCGCCUUAAGAAUUGGGAAAUCAGAGAACGGAAGAAAACCCGGGAGUAUGAGAAGGAGGCCGAAAGAGAAGAAGAAAGAAGAAGAGAAAUGGCAAAAGAAGCUAAACGACUAAAAGAAUUCUUAGAAGAUUAUGAUGAUGAUAGAGAUGAUCCCAAAUAUUACAGAGGAAGCGCUCUUCAGAAAAGAUUGCGUGAUAGGGAAAAGGAAAUGGAAGCAGAUGAACGGGACAGGAAAAGAGAGAAGGAAGAGCUAGAGGAAAUCAGGCAGCGCCUUCUGGCUGAAGGACACCCGGAUCCAGACGCAGAGCUCCAGAGGAUGGAACAAGAGGCUGAAAGGCGCAGACAACCACAAAUAAAGCAAGAACCAGAAUCAGAGGAAGAGGAAGAAGAAAAGCAAGAAAAAGAAGAAAAACGAGAGGAACCCAUGGAAGAGGAAGAAGAGCCAGAGCAAAAGCCCUGUCUCAAACCAACUCUGAGGCCCAUCAGUUCUGCCCCAUCUGUUUCCUCUGCCAGUGGCAAUGCCACUCCCAACACUCCUGGGGAUGAGUCUCCUUGUGGUAUUAUUAUUCCUCAUGAAAAUUCACCAGAUCAACAACAACCUGAGGAACAUAGGCCAAAAAUAGGACUAAGUCUUAAACUGGGUGCUUCCAAUAGUCCUGGUCAACCUAACUCUGUGAAGAGAAAGAAACUCCCUGUAGAUAGUGUCUUUAACAAAUUUGAGGAUGAAGACAGUGAUGAUGUACCCCGAAAACGGAAACUGGUUCCCUUGGAUUAUGGUGAAGAUGAUAAAAAUGCUGCCAAAGGCACCGUAAACACUGAAGAAAAGCGCAAACACAUCAAGAGCCUCAUUGAGAAAAUCCCUACAGCCAAACCUGAGCUCUUUGCUUAUCCCCUGGAUUGGUCUAUUGUGGAUUCUAUAUUGAUGGAACGACGGAUUAGACCAUGGAUUAAUAAGAAAAUUAUAGAAUACAUAGGUGAAGAGGAAGCUACAUUAGUUGAUUUUGUUUGUUCUAAGGUUAUGGCUCAUAGUUCACCUCAGAGCAUUUUAGAUGAUGUUGCCAUGGUACUUGAUGAAGAAGCAGAAGUUUUUAUAGUCAAAAUGUGGAGAUUAUUGAUAUAUGAAACAGAAGCCAAGAAAAUUGGUCUUGUGAAGUAAAACUUUUUACAUUUAGAGUUCCGUUUCAGAUUGCUUCUUCUUUCCCACCCUUCAGAGGACUUUGACUUUUUCUUUGUCUUCAAAGACAUUUGUGAGAUCUGUAAUUUUUUUUUUCAAUGUAGAAAAUGUGAAUUUUUUUGUCCUCUAAUUUGUUGAUGCCCUGUGUACUCCCUUGGUUGUAAAGACAUCUGAAUCCUACCUUGGUUCUCUUUAUACUCACCAGGUACAAAUUACUGGUAUGUUUUAUAAGCCGCAGCUACUGUACACAGCCUAUCUGAUAUAAUCUUGUUCUGCUGAUUUAUUUCUUGUAAAUAUUAAAAUGACUCCCCAAUUCUUUUGCA